AUGCCGAGCGACGGCGCGUUGACGUCGUUCUGGCUCGUCUUCGUCCUGUGCAGCGCGCUGUCGAGCGCGCGCUCGGACGGGGGCUCGGUGGAUGGCGAUUCGAAGGGACCGCUCGCGCGCGUUCGCGCCCUUCUUCGCCGCGUCGUCGCUCGAGGGAAGGUGGAGGACGCGACGGCGAACGACCUCGCGUGGUUCUCAAAUCUCACGGUUCCGCACCGGUGGUUCACGCACUUUUACGUCGUCGGGUGCGCGGUGAACGCGCGGGCGCUGGCGGACGCGCUCGGAGACGGCGGCGCGCGGGCGCGGGCGCGUUCGUUAGACGUCGCGGCCGCGAUCGUCGUCUUGGUGCUUUUCCAGGCGCACCUCGUUCGACGAUUGUGUGAGAGCGCGUUGGUGGCGAAACAUCGCCCGGAGGCGACGAUGCACGCGGGCGCGUACGCGCUCGGGUUGACGUAUUACUCGGCGGCGACGAGGAGUUUAGCGGGCGCGGCGCUCGGCGUGGGCUCGACCGCAUCGGCCGCGGUCGCGGUCGCGCCAUCGCGCGUCUACAUCGUGUACGGGUUCGCCCUCAUCGGCGUCGCUCUCUUUGCGGUGGGGAAUUAUCGCCAGAAUGAGUGUCACCGAAUAUUAGCGCGCGCGCGUCGAGCGGGUUCGGACGCGCGCGCGUACGUCAUCCCACGAGGCGGUUGGUUCGAGCGCUUUUCGUGCGCCCACUUCACAGCCGAGGUCGUGAUAUAUUUCGGUCUCAUCCUCAUCGUCGUCCCGAGCGACAUCGCGCUCGGUAAGUGGUCCGCGGCCGCCCUCGCCGCGGGUUCGGGCGGCGCGCUCGCCCCGGUCGCCCUGUGCGCCGCCGUCGUCGCCAACCUCACCGUCGCCGCGCGCGAUCAUCACGCGUGGUACCUCAAAAGAUUCCACGACGCGUACCCAAAAAACAGAACCGCCAUCUUCCCUAGAAUAGCCCCGCGCGCUCCUCCGCUGUAA